AUGGAGCUCAGCUCCAAACACAGCAAGGACAAGCGGGUGGAUCCAAGGAGCCUUACAGGUGUAGAGGAGCGAGACAGGAACGCGAUGGAGAAAUCCUCCAUCCAGAAGGACACUCCUUGGCCAGGAGAUGACGACGACGUUCACGACCAUGUGACCCAGAGAAGCCAAGGGUUCCUAUCCCUCUUGAACGCCAGGACGUCCACAGAGCUAAUGCCACGGACGGUGGUGCUGCACGGUGCCGCGGGCGUCGGGAAGACCACGCUGGCCAAGAAGUGCAUGCUGGACUGGACGCAGGCCGGCCAGGCCCGCGCCCGCCCCGCCGCCCUCUACCUCAGCUGCAAGGCGCUCAGCCGCAGGGGGCCGUGCACCUUGGCGGAGCUGCUGGCCGACAGCGCCCCGGGCCCGCGCCGGGCCCUUCCGCUGCUGCUCGCGCGGGCGCGGACGCUCCUGCUGGUCAUCGACGCUUUCGAGGAGCUGCGCGUGCCCGCCGCGGCGCUGGCGCGCGACCUGGGCGGCGACGGGGGCGCGCGGCGGCCGGCGCCCGUGCUCCUGGGGGGCCUGCUCAAGAGGAGGCUGCUCCCCGCGGCCACGCUCCUGGUGACCACGCGGCCCGAGGCCCUGGGGGAGCUGCGGCUGGUGGUGGAGCAGCCGCUCCUGGUGGAGGUCGAGGGGCUCUCGGAGCCGGAGCGCAAGGCGUAUCUGCGGCGACAGCCGGGAGGCGAGGCUCAGGCGCGGCGCUUGGCUUGGCAGCUGAUGAGAAGCAACGCGGCGCUGCUCCGCCUGGGCUCGGCGCCCGCCGGGUGCUGGAUGCUGCGCGCCUGCCUGCGGCUGCCCGCGGACGAGGGCGACGACCCGGGCCGCACGUGCCGCACCGCCACGUCGCUGCUGCUGCGCUUCCUGUGCAGCCGGUUCGCGCCCGCCCCGCGCCCGCGCCCCCGGGCCCCGCUGCGCGCCCUGUGCCUCCUGGCGGCCGAGGGCGUGUGGGCGCAGACCUCGCUGUUUGAGCCCCGGGACCUGCGCAGACUGGGCGUGCGCGAGGCCGACCUGCGCCCCUUCGCGGACCCGAGCCUCCUGCAGGAGAGCGGCGAGUGCGCGGGCUGCUACCGCUUCCUGCACCGGAGCCUGCAGCGCCUCCUGGCGGCCGCGCUCUACGUCCUGGGCGGCGGCGAGGGCGGCCCCGGCUGGAGCGCUCGCGGGGUGCGGAGGCUGCUCUCCAAGGAGGAAGGGCGGCGGAACCCCCACCUGGCCCACGUGGGGCGCUUCUUGUUCGGCCUCGCCAACGAAGACAGGGUCAGGGAGCUGGGGGCCGCCUUCGGCUGCCCGGUGUCCACGGAGCUCAAGCGCGAGCUGCUGGCGUGCACCGUGAGGUCCCCCGAGAACGGCCCCUUCUCGUCGGUGACGGACACGAGGGAGACCUUGUGCCGUCUCUACGAAUCGCAGGACGAACCGCUGGUGAAGGAAGCCGUGGCCCAGGUCACGGAAGUGUCCCUGCACUUGAAAGACCCCACGGACCUCGCGCACGCGUCCUUCUGCCUCAAGCAUGGCGAACGGCUGCAGAAACUGUGUCUGCGGGUGGAAAAGGGCGUGUUCCUGGACGACGACACCGCGUCGGGGUCCGAGGCCCAGGCUGCCGGGUCACAGUAUGACCAUCUCUCUCUCCAGCUCUGGGCGGAUCUCUGCUCGGUGUUAUCAAACAAGAGCCUGUGCUUCUUGGAUGUGAGCCAAAGCUUCUUGAGUUCCUCCUCCGUGAGGAUUCUUUGUGAGCAAAUAACCCGUGUCACCUGUCAUCUCCAGAAAGUGGUGUGAGUAGAAACUAAU